AUGUUCCCUAUGGUAACUGGGUUCAUGAAUUAUGGUCAACAAACCGUACGGGCUGCAAGGUACAUUGGUCAAAGUUUCAUGACUACCUUAUCCCACGUAAAUCGUUUACCUGUAACUAUUCAAUAUCCUUAUGAAAAAUUAAUCACAUCGGAGCGUUUCCGCGGUCGAAUCCAUUUUGAAUUUGAUAAAUGCAUUGCUUGUGAAGUAUGUGUUCGUGUAUGUCCUAUAGAUUUACCUGUUGUUGAUUGGGAAUUGGAAACUAAUAUUCGAAAGAAACGAUUGCUUAAUUACAGUAUUGAUUUCGGAAUCUGUAUAUUUUGUGGCAACUGUGUUGAGUAUUGUCCAACUAAUUGUUUAUCAAUGACUGAAGAAUAUGAACUUUCUACCUAUAAUCGUCACGAAUUGAAUUAUAACCAAAUUGCUUUAGGUCGUUUACCAAUGUCAGUAAUUGACGAUUAUACAAUUCGAACAAUUUUGAAUUCACCUCAAUCUUUAAUCAAAAUGGUCAAACCCCCUUUGAUUAAAGAUUGA